AUGGCUUUGGCCGAAAAAGGAAACAGUUCGCGUUUGAACGUGCAGCUGUUCCCACGUAAUAAGAUGGCCUGGGGACGUUAUCUCUCUAGUAAGCAAUACUCACUUCAGUCCGAAACAAUCAAGAAAUUGCUCUUGUCAUUGUCAUCAAGUCUCCUCAAUUUUGAUAGCAAAUGGGCCGUAUCUGGAACGACAAGCCCCUACGAGGCUCUUGUGGCCAUAUACUCCAUCAGCCACCUAAAUUGCAAAGUGGCUUUACUGCUUCUCUCAUCUUCAGGAUGGGAUGUCUAG